GUGCGGGGGCGGCGCGGAGGUAGCGCCGCGCGGCUCGCGAGGCCGGGGACCCACAGCUUCGCCGCUUACCACCGGCGCGGCCUGGAGACCCGAACCAUGGAAUCGGAGGAGGAGCAGCACAUGACCACGCUGCUGUGCAUGGGCUUUUCGGACCCCGCCACCAUCCGCAAGGCCCUGCGUCUGGCCAAAAACGACAUCAAUGAGGCCGUGGCGCUGCUCACCAACGAGCGGCCCGGCCUGGACUACGGCGGCUACGAGCCUAUGGACAGCGGCGGUGGCCCCAGUCCGGGGCCUGGUGGGGGCCCGCGGGGCGACGGCGGAGGUGACGGCGGCAGCGGCUCCUCCCGCGGCGGGAGCACCGGAGGCGGGGGCGGCUUCGACCCCCCGCCUGCCUACCACGAGGUGGUGGACGCCGAGAAGAAUGAUGAAAAUGGAAACUGCUCAGGAGAAGGAAUUGAAUUCCCUACAACAAAUUUAUAUGAACUGGAAAGCCGUGUUUUGACUGAUCAAUGGUCCAUCCCUUACAAGCGAGAAGAAUCACUAGGCAAAUGCCUGUUGGCAUCCACUUACUUAGCACGACUUGGUCUUUGCGAGUCUGAUGAGAAUUGUAAAAGAUUUAUGGAUAGGUGUAUGCCUGAAGCAUUUAAAAAGCUCCUGACAUCAAGCGCAGUUCACAAGUGGGGCACUGAAAUUCAUGAAGGGAUCUACAACAUGUUGAUGCUGUUAAUAGAACUGGUUGCAGAGAGAAUAAAACAAGACCCAAUUCCUAUUGGUCUCCUGGGUGUGCUUACCAUGGCUUUCAAUCCUGAUAAUGAAUACCAUUUUAAAAACAGAAUGAAAGUAUCUCAAAGGAAUUGGGCAGAAGUGUUCGGGGAGGGAAAUACGUUUGCUAUUUCACCAGUAUCUACUUUCCAAAAGGAGCCUCAUGGAUGGGUUGUGGAUUUGGUAAAUAAGUUUGGAGAAUUGGGUGGAUUUGCAGCAAUCCAAGCCAAGCUGCAUUCAGAAGACAUAGAACUUGGGGCAGUCUCGGCAUUGGUGCAGCCCCUGGGAGUGUGUGCGGAGUACCUUAACUCCUCAGUGGUACAGCCCAUGCUAGACCCAGUCAUCCUCACUACAAUUCAGGAUGUACGGAGUGUGGAGGAGAAGGACCUCAAAGACAAGAGAUUGGUCAGCAUCCCCGAGCUCUUGUCUGCUAUUAAGUUACUUUGCAUGCAGUUCCAACCAGACCUGGUCACAGUUGUGGAUGACCUGCGACUAGACAUCCUGCUGCGCAUGCUGAAAUCACCACAUUUUAGUGCUAAAAUGAAUUCCCUCAAAGAAGUAACCAAACUAAUAGAAGACAGCACUUUGUCCAAAUCUGUGAAGAAUGCAAUAGAUACAGACAGAUUAUUAGAUUGGCUAGUGGAGAACUCAGUUUUGUCAAUUGCAUUGGAAGGCAACAUAGAUCAAGCACAGUACUGUGAUCGUAUAAAGGGAAUUAUUGAGCUCUUGGGCAGUAAAUUGUCUUUAGAUGAGCUGACUAAAAUUUGGAAGAUACAGUCAGGACAAUCAUCUACUGUGAUUGAGAAUAUUCAUAGUAUUAUUGCAGCAGCAGCUGUGAAAUUUAACUCGGAUCAGCUUAAUCAUUUGUUUGUUCUCAUUCAGAAGAGCUGGGAGAUUGAGAGUGAUAGAGUAAGACAGAAGCUACUGAGCCUGAUAGGACGAAUAGGCCGGGAAGCUCGAUUUGAAACCACUUCGGGAAAGGUGUUAGACGUGCUCUGGGAACUGGCUCAUCUUCCGACCCUGCCCAGCAGUCUCAUUCAGCAAGCCUUGGAGGAGCACCUGACAAUCCUUAGUGACGCAUAUGCCGUGAAAGAAACAAUCAAGAAGAGCUACAUCGUCAAGUGCAUAGAAGAUAUUAAAAGGCCUGGAGAAUGGACAAGUUUGGAUAAAAACAAGAAGGAUGGAUUCAAGUCAUCUCAACUUAAUAAUCCUCAGUUUGUCUGGGUGGUACCAGCUUUGCGUCAGCUCCAUGAAAUCACCCGCUCGUUUAUAAAACAAACCUAUCAAAAGCAAGACAAGAGCAUUAUUCAAGAUUUGAAGAAAAAUUUUGAAAUAGUCAAAUUGGUAACAGGAAGUUUGAUAGCUUGUCAUCGACUGGCAGCAGCUGUGGCUGGACCUGGAGGACUGACAGGUUCAACGCUAGUGGAUGGCCGAUACACUUACCGGGAGUAUUUAGAGGCACAUUUAAAAUUUCUGGCAUUUUUCUUGCAAGAAGCUACUCUCUAUCUGGGUUGGAAUCGUGCCAAGGAAAUCUGGGAAUGUCUUGUGACUGGCCAGGAUGUUUGUGAAUUAGAUAGAGAGAUGUGUUUUGAAUGGUUUACAAAAGGGCAGCAUGAUCUCGAGAGUGAUGUUCAGCAGCAGCUCUUCAAGGAGAAAAUCCUUAAGUUGGAGUCGUAUGAAAUCACUAUGAAUGGUUUUAACUUAUUUAAGACUUUUUUUGAAAAUGUGAAUCUCUGUGAUCAUCGAUUGAAAAGACAAGGCGCUCAGUUGUAUGUGGAAAAGCUGGAGUUGAUAGGAAUGGAUUUCAUUUGGAAGAUAGCAAUGGAAUCACCUGAUGAAGAAAUUGCUAAUGAAGCUAUUCAGUUAAUCAUAAGCUAUAGUUAUAUUAACUUAAAUCCUAGGUUAAAGAAGGAUUCAGUAUCUUUACAUAAGAAAUUUAUCGCUGAUUGCUACACAAGACUAGAAGCAGCCAGCUCAGCACUUGGUGGCCCCACUCUAACGCAUGCUGUGACCAGAGCAACAAAAAUGCUUACAGCGACCGCCAUGCCAACUGUAGCAACAUCAGUUCAGUCUCCAUAUAGAUCUACUAAACUUGUAAUAAUUGAGAGAUUGCUGCUUCUGGCAGAACGCUAUGUGAUUACUAUAGAGGAUUUUUACUCUGUUCCACGAACUAUUCUACCUCAUGGUGCCUCAUUUCAUGGACAUCUUUUAACUCUUAAUGUUACCUAUGAGUCUACCAAAGAUACCUUCACUGUAGAGGCUCACAGUAAUGAAACCAUAGGGAGCGUCCGGUGGAAGAUAGCCAAGCAGUUGUGCUCUCCUGUGGAUAAUAUACAAAUAUUUACAAAUGAUAGUCUGCUGACAGUGAAUAAAGAUCAAAAACUACUCCACCAACUGGGCUUUUCUGAUGAACAAGUCCUCACAGUAAAGACUUCAGGCAGCGGGACCCCAUCUGGGAGCUCAGCAGAUUCCUCAACCAGUUCCAGCAGCAGUAGCAGUGGGGUUUUCAGUUCAUCAUAUGCCAUGGAGCAGGAGAAGUCCCUCCCUGGGGUUGUAAUGGCACUUGUAUGCAAUGUAUUUGACAUGCUUUACCAGCUUGCCAAUCUAGAGGAGCCAAGGAUAACUCUACGAGUACGAAAGCUUCUGCUCUUGAUACCCACUGAUCCAGCCAUUCAGGAAGCCCUUGAUCAACUUGAUUCUUUGGGAAGAAAGAAAACAUUGCUAUCUGAAUCAAGUUCUCAGUCUUCAAAAUCUCCUUCCCUCUCUUCAAAGCAACAGCAUCAGCCAAGUGCCAGUUCAAUUUUAGAAAGUCUGUUUCGAUCUUUUGCUCCGGGAAUGUCCACCUUCAGAGUGCUUUACAACUUAGAAGUGCUAAGCUCUAAACUCAUGCCCACAGCCGACGAUGACAUGGCAAGGAGCUGUGCAAAAUCAUUCUGUGAGAACUUCCUCAAAGCGGGAGGUUUGAGUUUGGUUGUAAAUGUCAUGCAGAGGGAUUCCAUCCCAUCAGAAGUAGACUAUGAAACCAGGCAAGGUGUUUAUUCCAUCUGUCUGCAGCUUGCAAGGUUUUUACUUGUUGGACAAACAAUGCCCACAUUAUUAGAUGAAGACCUCACCAAAGAUGGCAUAGAAGCACUUUCUUCUCGCCCAUUCCGAAACGUCAGCCGUCAGACAAGCAGGCAGAUGUCCUUAUGUGGUACCCCAGAGAAGUCAUCCUACCGACAGUUGUCAGUUUCUGAUAGGUCCUCUAUUAGAGUUGAGGAAAUUAUCCCUGCUGCACGGGUUGCAAUACAAACAAUGGAAGUAAGUGAUUUCACUUCUACCGUGGCUUGUUUCAUGAGACUAUCAUGGGCUGCAGCUGCAGGACGCCUUGACCUUGUUGGGAGUAGCCAACCAAUUAAAGAAAGUAAUUCUCUGUUUCCUGCUGGAAUUCGAAACAGACUCAGCAGUUCAGGAAGCAAUUGCAGCUCUGGGAGUGAAGGAGAGCCAGUAGCCCUGCAUGCAGGAAUCUGUGUUCGACAGCAGUCUGUAUCCACCAAAGACUCACUGAUUGCUGGAGAGGCUUUGUCUCUUCUGGUUACGUGCCUACAGCUUCGGAGCCAGCAGCUGGCAUCUUUCUAUAACUUGCCCUGUGUUGCUGAUUUUAUCAUCGAUAUUCUACUUGGAUCCCCAAGUGCUGAGAUUCGCCGUGUUGCCUGUGAUCAACUAUAUACUCUUAGUCAGACAGACACUUCAGCUUAUCCGGAUGUACAGAAGCCCAAUCAGUUUCUCCUCGGUGUCAUUCUCACGGCUCAGCUGCCUCUCUGGUCCCCAACCAGUAUUAUGAGAGGAGUCAAUCAGAGACUGUUAUCUCAGUGUAUGGAGUAUUUUGAUCUGAGGUGCCAGUUAUUAGAUGAUCUGACAACUUCAGAAAUGGAGCAGUUAAGAGUCAGCCCAGCUACCAUGCUGGAAGAUGAGAUUACUUGGCUGGAUAACUUUGAACCUAAUCGCACAGCUGAUUGUGAGACCAGUGAAGCAGACAACAUCUUAUUGGCAGGGCACUUACGACUUAUUAAGACCCUUCUUUCACUCUGUGGGGCAGAAAAGGAAAUGCUUGGUUCAUCACUCAUUAAACCAUUGUUAGAUGACUUCCUUUUCCGAGCUUCUAGAAUUAUUUUAAAUAGUCAUUCUCCAGCUGGCAGCGCCGCCAUCAGUCAACAGGACUUUCAUCCAAAAUGUAGUGCGGUGAACAGCCGAUUGGCGGCUUAUGAAGUCCUCGUAAUGUUGGCUGAUAGCUCACCUUCAAAUCUUCAAAUUAUUACAAAAGAGCUCCUUUCUAUGCAUCAUCAGCCCGACCCUGCGCUCACCAAGGAGUUCGAUUACCUUCCCCCAGUGGAUAGCAGGUCCAGUUCAGGGUUUGUGGGGCUCAGAAAUGGUGGCGCUACUUGUUACAUGAACGCAGUCUUCCAGCAGCUGUAUAUGCAACCUGGUCUUCCUGAGUCAUUACUUUCAGUGGAUGAUGACACGGACAAUCCAGAUGAUAGUGUAUUCUACCAAGUGCAGUCUCUCUUUGGGCAUUUGAUGGAAAGCAAGCUCCAAUAUUAUGUACCUGAGAACUUUUGGAAGAUUUUCAAGAUGUGGAACAAAGAGCUGUAUGUGAGAGAACAGCAGGAUGCGUAUGAAUUCUUCACUAGUCUCAUUGAUCAGAUGGAUGAGUAUCUCAAGAAAAUGGGGAGAGAUCAAAUUUUUAAGAGUACGUUUCAGGGCAUUUAUUCCGAUCAGAAGAUCUGUAAAGACUGUCCUCACAGAUACGAGCGUGAAGAGGCUUUCAUGGCUCUCAAUCUAGGAGUUACUUCUUGUCAAAGUUUGGAAAUUUCUUUGGAUCAGUUCGUUAGAGGAGAAGUUCUAGAGGGAAGUAACGCGUAUUACUGUGAAAAGUGUAAAGAGAAGAGAAUAACGGUGAAGAGGACCUGUAUUAAGUCUUUACCUAGUGUCUUGGUAAUUCACCUAAUGAGAUUUGGAUUUGACUGGGAGAGUGGACGUUCCAUAAAAUAUGAUGAACAAAUAAGGUUUCCAUGGAUGCUAAACAUGGAGCCUUACACAGUUUCAGGAAUGGCUCGCCAAGAUUCGUCUUCUGAAGUUGGUGAAAACGGGCGAAGUAUGGAUCAGGGAGGUGGAGGAUCCCCAAGGAAAAAAGUGGCCCUCACAGAAAACUAUGAGCUUGUCGGUGUCAUUGUACACAGUGGGCAAGCACAUGCAGGCCACUACUAUUCUUUCAUUAAGGAUAGGCGGGGAUGUGGAAAGGGCAAGUGGUACAAAUUUAAUGAUACAGUUAUAGAAGAGUUUGACCUAAAUGAUGAGACCUUGGAGUAUGAAUGCUUCGGAGGAGAAUAUAGACCAAAAGUUUAUGAUCAAACAAACCCGUAUACUGAUGUACGCCGAAGAUACUGGAAUGCCUAUAUGCUCUUUUACCAAAGGGUGUCUGAUCAAAACUCCCCGGUGUUACCAAAGAAAAGUCGAGUCAGCGUUGUAAGGCAGGAAGCUGAGGAUCUGUCUCUAUCAGCUCCAUCUUCACCAGAAAUUUCACCUCAGUCAUCUCCUCGGCCCCAUAGACCUAACAAUGACCGGCUCUCUAUUCUAACCAAGUUGGUUAAAAAAGGAGAGAAAAAAGGAUUAUUUGUUGAGAAAAUGCCUGCUCGAAUAUACCAGAUGGUGAGAGAUGAAAACCUCAAGUUCAUGAAGAAUAGAGAUGUGUACAGCAGUGACUAUUUCAGUUUUGUUUUGUCGUUAGCGUCAUUGAAUGCUACUAAACUAAAGCAUCCAUAUUAUCCUUGCAUGGCAAAGGCGAGCUUGCAGCUUGCCAUCCAAUUCCUUUUUCAAACUUAUCUACGGACAAAGAAAAAACUCAGGGUUGACACUGAAGAAUGGAUUGCCACUAUUGAAGCAUUACUUUCAAAAAGUUUUGAUGCUUGUCAGUGGCUGGUUGAAUAUUUUAUUAGUUCUGAAGGACGAGAGUUAAUAAAGAUUUUCUUGUUGGAGUGCAGUGUGAGAGAAGUACGAGUUGCUGUAUCCACUAUUCUGGAGAAAACUCUAGAUAGUGCCUUGUUUUAUCAGGAUAAGUUAAACAGCCUUCAUCAGUUACUGGACGUACUACUAGCUCUGUUGGACAAAGAUGUUCCAGAAAAUUGUAAAAACUGUGCUCAGUACUUUUUCCUCUUCAACACUUUUGUACAAAAGCAAGGCAUUAGGGCUGGAGAUCUUCUCCUGAGGCAUUCAGCUCUGCGACACAUGAUCAACUUUCUCCUAGGGGCCAGUCGGCAAAACAACCAGAUACGUCGAUGGAGUUCAGCACAAGCCCGAGAAUUUGGGAAUCUUCACAAUACAGUGGCAUUACUGGUUUUGCAUUCAGAUGUCUCUUCCCAAAGGAAUGUCGCACCUGGUAUAUUUAAACAAAGGACGCCCAUUAGCAUUGCUCCUUCCAGCCCUCUGCUGCCCCUCCACAAGGAAGUAGAAGCCUUAUUGUUCUUGUCUGAAGGGAAGCCUUACCUGUUAGAGGUAAUGUUCGCUUUGCGAGAGUUGACGGGCUCGCUCUUGGCACUAAUUGAGAUGGUGGUGUACUGCUGCUUCUGUAAUGAGCAUUUUUCCUUCACCAUGCUGCACUUCAUUAAGAACCAACUAGAAACAGCUCCACCCCAUGAAUUAAAGAAUACGUUCCAACUACUUCAUGAGAUUUUGGUCAUUGAAGAUCCCAUACAAGUAGAACGAGUCAAAUUUGUGUUUGAGACAGAAAAUGGAUUAUUAGCUUUGAUGCACCACAGUAAUCACGUGGACAGCAGUCGCUGCUACCAGUGUGUCAAAUUUCUUGUAACUCUUGCUCAAAAGUGUCCGGCUGCUAAAGAAUAUUUCAAGGAGAAUUCCCAUCAUUGGAGUUGGGCUGUACAGUGGUUACAAAAGAAGAUGUCAGAACAUUACUGGACACCGCAGAGUAAUGUCUCUAAUGAAACAUCAACUGGGAAAACCUUUCAGCGAACGAUCUCAGCUCAGGACACAUUGGCAUAUGCCACAGCUUUGUUGAAUGAAAAAGAGCAAUCCGGAAGCAGUAAUGGGUCGGAGAGCAGUCCUGCCAAUGAGAACGGAGAGAGGCAUUUACAACAGGGCUCCGAGUCACCCAUGAUGAUCGGCGAGUUGAGAAGUGACCUUGACGACGUGGACCCUUAGAGGGGUGCUCAGACGAGACGAGGAGUCAGCACAGUCAGGAUGCUCAGCACCUUUUUCAGAUCAGAAUCUCACCCUUCAGACCUUAGAAGGGCCUGGAGACUGAACUGGGAGAACCUCCAUGACCUUGGAAAGCAGCGUUUUUAAAAGAAAGCACUCUUUGGCCACUAAAAGGUUUGGGAGCUGUUUGGCAGUGAGAGAGCUCUGAUAUGUGGACCAGCUGCCCCAGGGGGGACAGUCUACGCGUGGAUUAACAUUUUUGUGGAGAUUUUAGGAAAUUAAGCCGGAGGCAGACUUUUUUGUUACAUGAACAUACAAGAGAGGGUAAAGCUGUUGCUUUCUCUAUGAUGCUACAAAAGAAAUUCAUUUGGUUUUUAUAUUUAAAAAAAAAAAAAAAGCAAGCUGCCUUUAGAUGUGUGGGGGCAAAUUUUUAAUCUUGCAGUAACAUUGACUAGGAAUAUCCAAUUUAAAAUAAUGUAAAGAUAUGUGAUAAAAUUCAUUUUCAUUGUAAAAUAUUAGUUAAAGAAUUCAGUUUACACAGACCUUUGUAUUUAAUAUGUCUCCCUAUUUGUACAGAAUUUCAGAAGGGUUUGGAUAAAAGCUCUGGGCAUAAGCUUGGAUCUCAGCGAAAUGUUACUGGGAUCAAAAAUUGGAAAUUACUAAGCUCUUUAAAGUAUUUUUCUGAUAUAAUUGAGAUUGAAAAGAGCAAUAAAAAAAUGCUGUGUUCUCCAGAAGUACAAGGUGCAUUCUUAAUAACACCAGUCACUAAAGAAGCUAUGAGUUGCUCCCAAAACAAAUUUUAAAAACACGAAAAUAAAAAGCACUUUAAGAUAUAAUUUUAUUGCAGUUUGACUUCCUGAAAUCAUCAUUUAAUGCUUGGAGACAUAUUGAAUAAACUGUAGUCUUACAUUAUGUACUCUGCAGUCAUUUCCUUUUGCCUAAAACAAACCCUUAAUUACUGAAACCCUUGAUAUUGAUUAUAUGUGAAGUUAAACAUUUGAAUUGGGAGACACCACUGUGAAAGUUUCAUAGUAGUUUUAGUGCCAAGGAGGAAUUUAAGAUUUUGUUUCUCCUCUGCGUGACUAAUUAACACUGAAAAGACAGGGACAAGGCUCAAGGUUUAUUUUUUCCAGAAAGUCAUUGAACAACCAUCCGUUUAGUUGUAUCUCCCAAGUGUGUAGCCGCACCAUUCACUCAAUUCAGGUUAGUCACCAGCUCCUUUUGAUGUUGCGGGGUGUGGGGAUGGGGAUGCCAGUAUAUUCCCUGGAUUUUGUAUUUUGAGUUCCCCACACACAUUUUCAGCUCUGUUUUGCCUUUAGUUACGUCUUCUGCCUUAUUUUCAACUCAUCAUGCACAGAGCUAGGGCACCCUUAAGAAGUGCCAGGUGCCACUGUCAUUUUGGUUGGCCAAGUCAAAGAGGCACAGCCAGCCCCAAAGUGCCUUUUUGGUUGCUUUUGCAUUUUGUACGGACAUGUGACAGGACAGACAGCUUUUCAUUGCUGCACACUUUUCAUACGCCAGUCAUUUCACUAUGGAACUGCUGAAAGUUACUGUGCCAUCAGGCUUUAACUUGUAACUCUGUAACUUCCUGCAGGCUAAUCAUGGCUGUUGUCAAAUACACUGGGUGGGUGGAAGGGCCCGGCAUUUAAGAGCGUAACUGGGUCCUUGGAGGAAUGGACGGAGGGAAUUGGCAAGUUUUAUAUGGUUCAGUGUUCUCACAUUUUCAAAUGUGAUGUUUUAAAAUUGAUUUUGAGCACAUAAAUACUCCAUGCCCUACUGCACCCCUACCCUACCCUCACCCUUCUUUCCACACCCAUCCUCACAAAAAGAUUGUGUGAGACAUGACAUUGAAAUGCUGGUAGUGACGUGUCUUGGGAUCUCGUCACUGACAGCUGCACACUCAGGAGCCCAGAUUCAGGAGUGAAAUAGCCACUUUGUGGCUGCCCUCAUUUCCUGUGGAAACAUCACCUUCCACAGCCGCUGGCACCUGCUGUCCUUCUGGUAAAGCCUCAUCAGCAUCACUCCUCUUUACAGUAUAUGCUUCGCUUAAUUUUGCUUAUGUGUUGCAACGAACAUCAUUCCCACUUGCCAGUAACCACUUGAUUUCCAACAGCUGCAGUCUACAAACCUGCUGAUGACUUUUUUUUAAUGUAGUUCAGCACAGUGACAAUUAACGACAAGCUAACCUGGGAAGAGUUGUCAUUUUUACUGCCAAUUUUUUGGAUGAAGAUGUUUUUAUAAUUCUUUCAAAACGGUCUGCAGAUCGAGCAGGAAUUGCACAACUAACUCAAUGCCGUGUGUUCUCAAGAAGCUCCCUUAGUGAAGGCCUUCCCAAAGGUGGCCGGUUCUACCCAUUAAAGGCGUCCCGGGAAAGAAAACAAGAGCAUCCCAACAGGCAUCUUGCCUGUGACUUCUCCUGGAGUGCUCCCCUGGUCACUUACAACUACAGUAAAUUUCAGGACCUAGGACACCUUGUCAUCAGACUUACCCUGUCUUGCCCCACCCUCCCUGCUAACAUUGAGGUGUGUGCAGUUACCUUUUGAGCUUGGAACAAGCAGACUGGAAUUUCCCUCUGCUACCUCUUGUGUACAGAAUUUUGUUUAUAAAAUUUCAAAAGGAAGUCGAUAAACUAGGGAAGAAUCUUAACUCUGAGUUUGGGUCAUGAGUGGCAGAGUUCUCAGCCUCUAGGAGCAUAAAAUAAAUUUUUCAAAAAUGUAAAGUUGGAGUCUCACCAACAUUUUUCUCCGUAUGUCAGAAGACAGCCAGGGGGUGGGGGCACCCUGGGCCUGUGGCCUAGUGCCAAAUGGUGCUACAUUUCCUGUUGGAACUUUGCAAUAGUGACGUGAAUCAGGUCCACUGUUUUAAUAAUAAGGGGGUUUGUGGGUCUUCAAGUGUUUGCUACUAUUUUUCCUUCUGCAUAGUCCGACCGUUUUAGGGUUCAUUUGCAAAGCUUGGACGAGGAUGCCAAACUCUGGCCAAUGGCCUACAGAUGUCUUCCCCGUAGCUUUCAGGUCCUUCCUAAAUAGCCCCCAGCAAGAAUCACGUGCACUGGCCAAGCUAGGUUUCUUGCUCGAUCCCGAGGGUCUGAGCCUCAUUCCUAAUGAGGCAAUUCCUGCCUUGGCUCACAUGGUUCCCUUUCCCUGGGAUGUUUGCUAUUCCAGAUCCUCCUCUUCCUUUGGCCCCCUCCCAUUCCUCUCUCACCCCCUGUGAUACCUGCCAGCCAUCUGCGAGAGCCAAGUUGUCCCCUUCUCUCUCAAGACAUGGAGCUGUUAUUGUGAAUGUUUGACAAACUGACACUUGAUUCUGUGCUGGGGCGGGGAGGGGGGAUGUUAGCAUCACAACAGUCACAGAUGCCAGUGCACAAAGAUGCACCACUCUGUUCUGGCGUUCGAGACCGUUCACAGCUGUCAACUCUUGAACACUUUCCAUAUAGAACACAAAACUGUCAGAAAACAUAACUUGGAAGAUUUUUCCUUGGCAGAGAGAUUUCCUUCACCAUUUAUGAUAUGAGCUGUAUAGAGAUAGACCUUGCUUAAGACAACUACACCCUCCAACCUCACAGUGAGGGGAGCAAAGGGCUGUGGCAGGGAGUCCACUGAAUGGGAUAAUUAUACUUGGCAAAGAGGCCUGAGGCUUCAUGAUUGCAAAUCAUGAACAGUGAUCAUGGACAUAGCACUGACUCCUCAUUAUAGAAGCUUCUGACACCAUCUAAUUUCUUCAUAAACAUUCACUCUGUGGCAGGCCCAGGGCUAGGUACUGGGAAGAUUGGAACGAAAAGGACAUUGGGAGCUCAAUUUGGACACAGACUAUAGAACAGCUAGAGUGCUGUAAGAGGACAAGUUACCAAAAAGGAACCCUAACUGCCUGGAGUUAGGGAAGCUAUGGGAAGACGAGUUCAUUCCUAGGACACAGAAGCAGCAAGCUCACAUCACCAGCUUCCACACACCCCCCAAAUACUUCGCUUCAUUCAGCCAUUCAAAAAACCUGUUAUCAAGUGCCGAGUAUAUAAGCAAGACAUCAUCCCAGACACUUAUAUCCAGGCAAGAGCCGUUGCAAAGUUGUUUUAUUUUUAAAAGUCACCAUAUAAUAAAAACACUACAAAACCCAGAAUAAAUAUCUUCAUGUUACAAAAGCAAAACAGAUCUAGAAAAGCUUCUUGCUAUAAAAAGCGCUGUUCACAAACAGACUAAAAAGAUAACUGCAUGCUUGUCUGCCUGGGGGUAGUGUUCAAGGAGGGUUGGUUCCCCCAGUCC